AUGCGUGUACAGGUAGCAGCAGACGAUGUCGACGAACAUGCGAUUGCGCCUAAUAUAAACAACGAUGUCCCGAACUCGCCGCCACCUUCCUUCCGCUCGCGUGCCAGCUCCGGCCGGCCUUCAUAUGAUGACGCACACCAAAGCGAAGAGCAGCGGAAUCUCAACGAGGCUUUCGAUGCGCCUUCAGAUGACGAGGACGACGAGCACAAUCCCCAUGACCAGCGAAGAUUAAUAUCUGGACCGCAAUCACCUAACGCCGAGACUCCGACUACAGAUGAGGCGCAGCAGAGACCAGCAGUGGGAGCGCGGCGGGUCACGGAGAUACCAGUCUUCCAGCCCACAGCACCUAGCGGUAGGGUUGUGGGCGGUGGCAGUAACGACGGCGUGUGGGCAAAUCUGAACGCAAAGCCUCGCGCCGGUGACGAUUUGGAGGAGAAACCGCCGACCUACGAACAAGCAGCCGCAGACGCAACGCCACCCUACUGGGAAACGACCGUGCUGUCACCGUACGCCUCGACCGGCAAUCCGGACGAUGUCUUCGUAGACGGUCUGCUUGUGGGCAGCCUCUUCUCCUUCGUCUGGAACGCUCUGAUCUCCAUGUCCUUCCAGCUCAUCGGGUUCUUACUUACCUACCUUCUUCACACCACGCAUGCUGCCAAGCAUGGCUCUCGGGCGGGCCUGGGCAUCACGCUCGUACAGUACGGCUUUCAGAUGCGCUAUGCGGCUUCACGUGGCGCAGACCCCGGCAUGCCGUCAGCGCCGGUGGACGGCGUGCCAGACGAUCCAAAUGCGCAUGACUUUGCUUCCAACCAGGUCGCAACCGGAGGUCCCGGCUCGCCGGUCGAUGCAGCUGCUGGGCUAUCGACGAGCGACUGGUUGGCGUACGUCUUGAUGAUUGUUGGUUGGUUUAUCUUGAUUCGGGCAGUCUCCGACUUCAUGCGUGCCAGGAGGCAGGAGCAGCUUGUACGAUCGAGUCCGGACAGAGGGCUUGGAGUUGCUGUCGUAGCUGAGGGCGAAUCUCCGGAAACAAGCGCAUAA